UAAACCUGUUUAUUUAAUUUUAAUAACUGUAAUCAGACCGCUGCAAGGAAGUUGGUGGCACAGAGAUCUGAUAAACAGUAAUAAAAAUAAUCUGAACCAUUAUCGGCACCCCAAUCUAUCCCUGUAUGAUGCAGUUCAAGAGACACCAUGUGAUGCAACAUUGGUGGAAGGAAGCAGAGUGUUUAAAACAUUCAGCAACUUUGCAGCUCGGAAAGUGGAAAGUGCUGCAGCCUGAUCCCGGGCUGCUCUUGAAGGAAAGAAAGAAGGAAAGAAAAAGAGGAAAGAAAGAAGUGAAAAAAGAAAGAAAAAGAGGAAAGAAAGAAGUGAAAACAGAAAGAUAAGAAAGAAAAAAGACAGGAAGAAAGAAAGAACCCAGGACAAGUUUUUUUAAAGGGGUUAUAGUAUUUUUUUUUACAAAAUGGCCAAAGAACAAUUUUAUGUCAUACGCAACCCGACAACAGGCAAGAUCAGUGAAGACACCAGUAAAAAGGAGAAACCGAAGAGAGGUGAAAAUUCAUCAUCUUCCGCGGAAUGCCAGCCUGACAGGCGGGUCUGGGUCCUGACCGUCAUCCUGCUGGUCCUGUUGUCCUUCAUAUUACUGGUCGUCAUGGCGACCAAGUUUUCAGGCGUGAAACAUGAACAAAAGCGACUGGACAAGGAGGCGAUGAAGUGCAGAAGUGAGGUGAAAGCAUUCAACCUCAACAUUGCGAAGAACCAAAAACAGGUCGCACAUCAGCUGGAAGAAAUGGAAGCAAACAGAUCUGUCUUAUUUCAGGAAAUGGAAAAACUGCAAAACGAUUCCUCGAGCAAUUUAGCAGAGUUCCAGAGCGUUUUGAAGAGCGUUCCUUCGGAGCUGUGGCACGAUGUGUUGAACGAGAUUAAAGACGUCUGCACCAGGACUGAAAACGCUUCAGGGUACACAUGCCAGCCAUGUUCUGCAGGGUGGCACCACAGUGGCAGCUGCUACUACUUUUCAAAGCAGACCAAAAACUGGAUGGAGUCCAAAGAUGAGUGCGAAAGGAAAGCCUCUCAUCUGAUUAUCAUUAAGGACCAGGACCAACUGGACUUUGUAUUUGGCCAGAUGAAAGGCAACAAUUUCUGGAUUGGACUAAGCGACAAAGACAUUGAAGGAAACUGGAUUUGGGUAGACGGUUCCAACGUUACAAUACCAUUUUGGAGUAGCGGUGAGCCAAACAAUGCUAAUACAAAUGAAGACUGCGUCGAGGUUUUACCGAACCAGGCGACAUGGAACGACAUUUCAUGCGAUCAACUCAAACACUUUGUUUGUGAAAAGAAAGCAGUGGCGUUUUUCAUUUAAUUAAUGACAAAUCGUAAUGGUACAGAACUAGCUAUGCUGCUGCGUUAAUGUUCGAACUAGUUUCUUGCUUGCUCUUUCUUGUUACAGUCAUUUCAGAAUUGGUCUUUGUCCUUGAACGGUGGACUGUUUCAGCACAGACGCAGCCAUUUGAGUUCAGUGCCUGAUUUAUUUUAUUCCUAAUUUUCUACAAAAUGUCCAGUUCCUCUCAACAGCUCAGGAGACCUAAAGGUCAGCGGUUUUUACUUCCAGUUGUAUAAAUAACCAUUUUAAAAGAUCUGAGGGUAGUGGUGUAGAAAUGAUUGAUGUGUGAAUAAUUUUACAGUGAUGUGUUCUGGAAGUUAUUUAAAACUUAUUAACAUGUUUUCUUGUUCAUUUAAUUCAUUUCCAAUGUUUAAAAUAAAUAAAUAAAUAAACUGUUUUAUUUA